AUGUUACUUCUAGAACCCUAUACACUGUCCAGAACCCUCUACGCUGUCCGGAACCCUGUACGCUGUCCGGAACCCCGUACGCUGUCCGGAACCCCGUACGCUGUCCGGAACCCCGUACGCUGUCCGGAACCCCGUACGCUGUCUCCGAACACCGUACGCUGUCCCCCGAACCCCGUACGCUGUCCCCCGAACCCCGUACGCUGUCCCCCGAACCCCGUACGCUGUCCCCCGAACCCCGUACGCUGUCCCCCGAACCCCGUACGCUGUCCCCCGAACCCCGUACGCUGUCCCCCGAACACCGUACGCUGUCCCCCGUACGCUGUCCCCCGAACACCGUACGCUGUCCCCCGAACCCCGUACGCUGUCCCCCGAACCCCGUACGCUGUCCCCCGAACCCCGUACGCUGUCCCCCGAACCCCGUACGCUGUCCCCCGAACCCCGUACGCUGUCCCCCGAACCCCGUACGCUGUCCCCCGAACCCCGUACGCUGUCCCCCGAACCCCGUUCGCUGUCCCCCGAACCCCGUACUCUGUCCUCCGAACCCCGUACUCUGUCCCCCGAACCCCGUACGCUGUCCCCCGAACCCCGUACGCUGUCCCCCGAACCCCGUACGCUGUCCCCCGAACCCCGUACGCUGACCCCGAACCCCAGACGCUGUCCCCCGAACCCCAGACGCUGUCCCCCGAACCCCAGACGCUGUCCCCCGUACCCCAGACGCUGUCCCCCGUACCCCAGACGCUGUCCCCCGAACCCCAGACGCUGUCCCCGAACCCCGUACGCUGUCCCCGAACCCCGUACGUUGGCCGGAACACCGUGCGCUGUCCCCCGAACCCCGUACACUGUCCCCGAACCCCGUACGUUGGCCCGAACCCCGUACGCUGUCCCCCGAACCCCGUACGCUGUCCCCCGAACCCCGUACGCUGUCCCCCGAACCCCGUACGCUGUCCCCCGAACCCCACGCUGUCCCCCGAACCCCAGACGCUGUCCCUCGAACCCCGUACGCUGUCCCCGAACCCCGUACGUUGGCCGGAACACCGUGCGCUGUCCCCCGAACCCCGUACACUGUCCCCGAACCCCGUACGUUGGCCCGAACCCCGUACGCUGUCCCUCGAACCCCGUACGCUGUCCCCCGAACCCCGUACGCUGUCCCCCGAACCCCGUACUCUAUCCCCCGAACCCCAGACGCUGUCCCCCGAACCCCAGACGCUGUCCCCCGAACCCCAGACGCUGUCCCCCGAACCCCGUACGCUGUCCCCCGAACCUCGUACGCUGUCCCCCGAACCCCGUACGCUGUCCCCCGAACCCCAGACGCUGUCCCCCGAACCCCGUGCGCUGUCCCCCGAACCCCAGAUGCUGUCCCCCGAACCCCGUACGCUGUCCCCCGAACCCUGUACGCUGUCCCCCGAACCCCAGACGCUGUUUUUUAAGGUUCAUGUGGAGGUUAGGUUCCAAGCUGUCACAGCCAAUGAGGUGGUGCAGGAGCAGCAGGGUCCUACAUGA